AUGGCGACCACAUCAACACGGAAACUGCCCAACAUCAUCAUCACGGGGACUCCCGGGGUGGGCAAGACGUCGCACUGCGAGGCGCUCGCGGAGCGGAGCGGGCUCAAGCACAUGUCGGUCAACCAGGUCGUCAAGGACAAGCAGUGUCAUGAAGGAUGGGACGAGGAGUACCAGAGCUGGGUCGUGGAUGAGGACAAGCUCUUGGACGCGAUCGAGGACGAGGCCAAGCAGGGCGGGUGCAUCAUAGACUGGCACGCGUGCGACCUGUUCCCGCAGAGCUGGAUUGACCUGGUCGUCGUGCUGCGCGCGGACUCGACGACACUGUACGACCGGCUCAAGGCGAGAAACUACCCCGAGGUCAAGCUCCAGGAGAACCUCGACUCUGAGAUCAUGGAGGUGCUCCUGCAGGAGGCGCGGGACUCGUACGACGAGGAGAUUGUCAUUGAGCUGCAGAGCAACGACACGGACGAGAUGGAGAGCAACGUAGACCGCAUCAUGGGCUGGCUGGAGCAGUGGAAGAAGGACAACGAGUGA